UGUAAGAGAAAGCAAACAAAAUGGCAGAGGCAAUUUUCAAGAAAGAAGAGGACUCCUUCACGUGUCCAGUCUGUCUAGAUCUGCUGAAGGAUCCAGUGACUAUUCCCUGUGGACAUAAUUUCUGCAUGAGGUGCAUCGAGGGCUGCUGGGAUCAGGAGGAUCAGAGAGGAGUCUACAGCUGCCCCCUGUGCAAACGCACCUUCACUCCCAGACCUACAGUCUACAAAAAUCAUUUGAUUGCUGAAAUGGUGGAGACAUUUAUGAAGACCAGAAUCCAAGCUUCUUCUAUUACUCCCUCUAAUGCUGGACCUGGAGAUGUGGAGUGUGACGUCUGCACUGGGAGAAAACUCAGAGCUGUGAAGUCCUGUCUGGAUUGUCUGUUGUCUUACUGUGAAACUCACUUCAAAGCUCACAAUGAUGUCAACCCAGGAAGAAAACACUCAGUGAUUGAUGCCACAGGCCAGCUACAGGAGAGGAUCUGCUCUCAUCAUAAGAAGGUUUUUGAAAUAUUUUGUCGAACCGAUCAGAGUUGUAUCUGCUAUCUGUGCACGAUGGACAAACAUAAAGGCCAUGACACAGUCUCAGCUGCAGCAGAACGGACAGACAAACAGAGGCAGUUGGGGCCGACCCAGAGGAGAUUCCAGCAGAGAAUCCAGGAGAGAGAGAAGGAGCUGCAGGAGCUGAGGAAGGCUGUGAAGACUCUCAAGAGCUCUGCACAGACAGCAGUGGAGGACAGUGAGAGGAUCUUUACUGAGAUGAUCCGCUCCAUUGAGAGAAGGCGCUCUGAGGUGAAAGAGCUGAUCAGAGAUCAGGAGAAGGCUGAGGUGAGUCGGGCUGAAGGACUCCUGAAGCGACUGGAGCAGGAGAUUGCUGAGCUCAAGAGGAGAGAUGCUGAGCUGGAGCAGCUUUCACACACAGAGGAUCACAUCCAUUUCCUCAAGGUAACUGUUGAUGAUGGAUUAUUAGUGCACAGAAUGUUUGAGGGCACUGAUUUAUGUUGA